GUUCCGUGCGGGCGCGCGGUCAAAUCAAAACAACCUGUCAAAAACACCCCACCGCACCGCAGAUCGCAAACCGCUUCGGAAAAACCAGCAAGGAUAACGGAACGGAGUCAAAGGAAAACUUUCGAUGACAUCAGCCUGGUGGUGGUGAGCGCAAUAAAGGAUAUUCUCAGCGAAAGGACUUUCAGUGAGGCUCCGGAGAGAGAACGAUAAUGUUGUAAGUGGCAGACUUCGUUUGGGAGGAUUAUUGUGCAGUAGUGCGGAGGUGCUUCUCCUUCUUUUUGAAGUGUGUCGGAAGAAAAUUCCCAAAUUGGCCACCGGAUUGGCACCGUGCGCGACCCGAAUUGGUUGGUAAUGAAAGUUCGAACGGUGGUGCGUCCGUUGCCGUAUUGCGUUAGCCGCGUUCGAAUGGCCAAGGGCCGGAAAAACUGCCAGGAUUCGAAGGUUCCCUUGGGCCAGACGAAUUUUGCUCGAUGCUAGUGGAAUAAUUUUUGCAGCAGCAAGAAUUCCACCAGCAGUGUAGAGAGGAAGAGAGGAGAGAGCGAAAGGAUUCCAGCAAGAUAAACCUGUAUUUGUGGCAACACUGUAUAAAACGGCAGAGAAAGAGCAGUGGAAGAGCGCGAGAGCAAAUUACACACCAACAGGACGAACGAGAGAAGCAAAACUUACGGGAGGAAAACCUGGAAGCACUCCAAAUGCAUCCUGAAUAAAUAAUUUGACAGAUUCCGCGGAACUGAUAGACGACAAGAAAGACGCAAAGUAGAAGAUUAGGUAUCCAGUCCUUUACGCUUUUGGAAUCCCAAGUUCGCUAGCCACUAGGUAGUAGAUAUUAGAAUUAACCGAAAAAAAAUUAAAGGGUCCAGCCACAUUAAAAGUAUGAUCGAUGAAAUCGUGGAUCGAAUCGUACAGUUCUUCUCCACCGGACUGGUGGAGAAAAUCAUCAAAGCGUUUCUGGUCCUGUGUGACCGCUUCGUAAGCUUCAUCCUGUCCCUGUGCGAGGGCAACAACUACAAGAAGAAGGACGAAACGGUGGACGUGCUGUACAGUAGCGGGAACUUUCUCGUCAUCAACAAGAAGCACGACUUGCUCAUCAAUUCGAACGAUACGAAGAAGAAAACGGUCCAAACCAUCAUGCGGAAGCAGUUUCCGGAAUACGUACAGGACAAUCUGACGCACGACUUCUACUUCGCUCACCGGUUGGACUUUGCCACCAGUGGGAUUCUGUGCAUACCACUGAACAAGAACGCCUGCAAGGAGGUCUGUCAGGUGUUCGAGGAGCAACGGGCUCGGAAGUACUACCUGGCGCUGCUGCGAGGUCAUACGGACUUUGACGAAGAGGUGAUCGAUAUUGCGAUUGGUGAGUGCGAGGACAUCCGGUUCAAGGACACUAGCAAGAAGAUGUGCACCAUCCUGGAGGAUGAACUGUGCCAAAAUCCCCGCCGCAGCAUCACCAAAGUGCUGGUGCUCGAUCGAGGCUACUACAACGGGAAGCCGGUCACCAAAGUGCUCUUGCGACCAAUCACCGGCCGGCGGCACCAGCUGCGGCUACACUGCUCCCAGAUAGGGCACGUGAUCGUCGGUGACUAUACGUACAGUCUGAAAAUCGACACGUCGCCGCCGCGUAUGUUUCUCCAUGCCUUCCGCCUAGUGCUGCCCAAUUCGUUCGAGAACAUCGACAUCCAAACGGAGGACCCUUUCACGGAGAAGGCCCUCAAGUACAAAUGGAAGGUCGUCGAGCAGGUGAACGCUGUUGGGAACGCGUUCGAUCUGAUAGAUUCUUUUUAACAUUUGUGGGAACCAUGUAGUUAUCAACUGCGUAGGAAUCGCACGUUUACGUUUCGGUUGGAGCAGUUUCGUCGGCGGUUAAAUGUAAAUAUUCGAUCGAUUUCGCGAAUUUACUCGCUUUAGGUUCUAGCGUCGUCCUCUUCUCGCUGUUGAAAGCGGAAAUGGUUCGGUGUGUAUCGACGACGAAAAGCAUCAACCACAAUCCCUGGGACCCGUUGGGGUGGAUCCGGGACGGAGAGGACGGCACGCUUAGAUUUUUCCUGAAUCCGUGGAAUUCUUUACUUAUAGUAAACCAUUUAGACGUAUUAUGUAAAUUGUAUGACGAAGAAUAUUCGACGUAUGGCAGCGCGCGCCCAAUUCAAAUCCAACAUGUAGCAUUUUUAAGAGAUAUGGAACGGUUCAGUCCCUCCGCGAUUUGGGCGGGAUACGUACAAGACCGCGAACACAAGUGAUAGAAGCGCAGACACACUUCGAAUAAAGGUGGAAAAGAUAAAAGGGACUUGUUCGGCCACAUUCACACUAUUGAGAAUCCGAUAACUAGUUACACAUUUGAUCUUAUUAGUUGAAGGUUUAGAAGUAUUUAAUUAACGAACGAAUUCAAAAGCCCUCUAGAUUACAGGAGAAGGUGUCAACGACAGACUUAGAGAUGAAAUAGAUAGUGAUUUAAUUUUCCAAAUAAAUUCUGAAUCGCUCUGGUGCCGGUGUCGUUGGCGUUUGUUGAACAUUUUUGGCUUCUAGUGUGCUAAUCGUGGCUGGCUGAUUCAUUGUCGGAUACUGUUUUAGGAAAUUUUCCAUCUUUAUCUACUUGGCAUUACUUUCCCACUGGCCUUCUUUUCAGGUAGUGUUGUAAUAUUUUGCAUUCGUAUAGCGUGUGGCACUGUUGUUGGAAAUAUUCGUGCUCAUGUUGACCGGUAGUAGGAAUUUAGAC